GGCUAGUAACGCGACUGCAGGGAUCAUCCGAUGUAAUUUUUGGUCGCGUUUUUGGCAGCGUGCUGGGGUCAAUUCAAUUCAUCGGGGUGGUGCCUGGUGUUUCAGGCGCGCUAAAGCCCGGCGAAAUUUUGAAGGAAGCUUCCCAUCCAUCAGGCAGUUUGGUUGCAUACACCCCCCUUUGAGCGAUCCUCUACCUCGACGACGACGACGACGACGACUAGGACGGCCGACCUUAGAUCAUUAUUCACAACAAGGUCAAAUCAGUCAUGUUGCGCCCAACAUUAAGAAUACCGCUCAGGCGGCAAAUACAACCGCUGAGGCCGCUCGUUCAGCGUAGAUUCGAGCACCUCAUGCCGAUACUGCAAAAAGACAAGCAGCAGUUUCUCCAGUACGGCAUCGGCCCCGAAGACGACCAGUUCCUUUCUGCCAGAGCUGUUGAUCUUGCUUGGACUCAGUACAUGUCAUUGACAUUAAAGAAGCUGAACCGAUUGACAAAUGGCAAGGCAAACGACAUCAGCACCGGCCGCGACGCCCUGAGGGACCUGGCCAUCCGCACCGCUCGCGAUCCCCUUAACGCCCCUACCUUCAACUACGCCAGCAUGGCGCACAACAACCACUUCUUCUUCGACGGUCUGUCCUCGGAGCCUGUCGAGAUGCCAAAGCUGCUACGUGAGCAGCUCGAGCAGGACUUUGGCAGCAUCGAGACGCUCCAGCGCGAGUUCCUCGUCACGGCCCUCGCCAUGUUCGGCCCUGGCUUCGUCUGGCUCGUCAAGACCAAGACAACGUCGGGCAAGGACGUCUUCCGCCUGCUGCCGACAUACCUUGCUGGCACGCCCUAUCCCAAGGCCCACUACCGCCGCCAGACCGUCGACAUGAACACGGUUGACAGCCAGGGGCCCGAGGCCAUCGGCGUCGACGGCUGGAUGAGCAAGCAGCAGGCCGCCGUAUCGUCCGAAGGCAAGACUGAAAAGGCCAAUGGUGGCAUUCCGGACACCAACCUCACUCCCGUCCUGUGCCUCAACACCUGGGAGCACGUCUGGACGACCGACUACGGUAUCGUUUAUGGAGAGAAGGAGCGCGAGUCCAAGAGGCUGUAUGUCAGCAGGUGGUGGAGGCACAUCGACUGGGAUGUCGUCAGCAGCCUAGCCAACAUCAGGGCCCGACCGGAACCGAUGCAGUAGUAACUGUUGGAUGGGAGUGAUGAGGGGGAGUGGAUUGAUGGUGGACGGUUCAUUGCCAAAGCUGAGGGCUGUUUUGGGCAAUUUUUUUUCCGCUUGCGGGACGGCGGAGUGAGCAUGAGGGCGGAGGUCUCGCGUGUACUAUUAGAUGUCCCAGCGAUGCCGAGAACAGUAUCUCUCCCGCUAUCUAUUAGGGACUGGUUUUAUCGAGGCUGACGGGGGCACUCGCCGGCGGCAUGGGAUGUGUAGACAUAAAACUGCUGUACCAUGUUGUACAUGUAACAUACAUUUUGAAUGGAGAAGAACAGGACAAGGCGCCAGCAUAAUGUGCAACAUGGUGAUAAAAAGGGCGGCAGUAUGAACUUAAACAGGC